AUGGAUCCGUACCAUCUAUUGUCGUGGAAAACUGCUGCGGCGGUGCUCGUAGUCUAUUUUGCGAGCCUUGCUUUCUAUCGCCUUUAUUUGCACCCCCUUGCCAAGUUCCCUGGGCCUAAGUUGGCUGCCAUCACUCGCUGGUAUGAGCUGUACUAUGAUGUGAUCCGCGAAGGACAAUAUACCUUCAAGAUUGCCGAGUUGCACAAAGUCUAUGGUAGGCCUAUCAUCCGCAUUAGUCCGCAUGAACUACACAUUCUCGACCAUACCUUCUACGAGAAGCUUUACUGCCACGAAGGCCGCUGGAAUAAGUAUCAAUGGGCAUACAAUGGGUUCAUUGCCGAGGGUGCUACGAUCAGUACUUCUGAACACGAACUUCACCAUGCCCGUCGUAAGCCGCUUAACCACUACUUGAGUAAGGCCAGAGUAGCAUCUCGGCAGGAUGUCAUUCUCCGCAACGUCGACAAGCUCGUUGCUAGGCUGGAAGGUCGCGUUGGUACCUUGACCAAUUUGGGAGCUGCAGUUGGCGCACUCGUUCAGGAUCUCCAGUGUGACUUCUUACUCGGUAAAGCGUAUGGGAGUCUCGAUCGAGAUGAUUUCAAUGUUGCUAUCGCGGAUAUGUGCCAGAGUGUGGGGUUCCUGUGGCGCUUCACCAAACACUUCCCCCGGGUGGGCAAGUCGUUAAAGCAAAUGCCACUUGAUUAUGUGUCGAAGUUUGCCAACGAUGAUGCCCAGACCUUCUUUGCGUUUCUCCAGGAAGUUGACAAAGAAACCGAAAAGCUUCUCACUACCGCCAAAACGUCCACUCCCAACAAGGAUACAUCCCAUACGGUUAUCGGAGAGAUCGUCGACUCCAACCUUCCGCCUUCUGACAAGGAACUACCACGUGUUCUCAAUGAAGUUCAGACCUUAGUGGGUGCCGGCUUAGAGACUGUCUCCGGUGUCCUGAGAUUGAUGUUGUAUCAUGUCUUCAAUGAUGCUGAGAUUCUGCAAAAUCUACGGGCUGAGCUCAAGACGAUCGAUAUCUAUCCGGGUGGCGGCGUAGAUCUGAAAACGCUCGAGCAGUUGCCAUACUUGACGGCUUGCAUAAUGGAAUCCAUGCGACUGAGCCCGGCCAUCGCAUCACGCAUGGCCCGUAUCGUUCCUGACAGCGACCUCUACUAUGCGAAUUGGUGCAUCCCCAGCGGAACACCCGUCGGGAUGACGACCAUUUGGAUGCACCUUGACGAAAAUAUAUAUCCGGAACCACACAGCUUCAUUCCUGCCCGGUGGAUGAAUGUGGAGUAUCGUCGGGCGUCUGGCAAAACCUAUGCCCCCUUCUCAAGAGGAACGAGGAUGUGUGCGGGCAUGUACCUUGCAUGGGCCGAUUUAUAUUUUACUCUCGCCGCCCUUGCUCCUCGGUUCAACUUCAAAUUCGAAUGCAUUCAAGAGUCAGACCUCCGAAUGUCAAGCGAUGAGUUCGUGAUUGGAACAAAGUCGAAAGCAGUACUUAAUUGUUACGUAACCCGACCGUAG